UCGAGCACCAUGUUUGAUACUUGUUUUGCAGAUUUAAGUACAACCUCUUCAGGCAGAUGUCACAGUGAAAGAGUUUUAAAGCAACUUUAUAUCAGUUACGACGAAAGAGAAAAUGACUUGGCUAGCUUUCGUCUCCGCUAUCAGAAGCGGUCAAAACUUUACCUUCGUUUCCUUCCUGUUCUGAAGAGCAAAAUUAUUCCUUAUUACAAGUUUAAUUUCCAACAAUAAACGAGAAAAGUAUCCUGGAGUUUUUUUUUAGGCCUACACUAGAUAUUUACCUCGUUUGUUAACGUCACUUGUAGAAUAGAAUGACGGGUGACCUUAGACGGCCGUCCGCCGCUCACAACACAAGCGAGAAGCAGGAGGGGAAGGACGGUCGCCUUAGGAAUUACCGAAAAUUGUUCAUCCAGAGCAAUGGCCAAGUGUGAAGGAUGUGGACCUGGCUACAGAAGCCCUCUGGAGGCCAUGAAAGGGCCACGUGAGGAGAUUGUCUAUGUGCCCUGCAUAUACCGCAGCACUGGCAUCGAGAAGCCAGAUUAUCUGGCAACGGUGGAUGUUGAUCCGAAGUCUGCAAACUACUGCAAGGUCAUUCACCGGCUGCCCAUGCCGAACCUGAAGGAUGAACUGCAUCACUCGGGGUGGAACGCAUGCAGCAGCUGCUUCGAUGACCCCUCAAAGACACGCAGCCGACUCAUCCUGCCUGCUCUGAUCUCCUCUCGGGUCUAUGUGGUGGAUGUGGGCAACGACCCCCGUGCUCCACGUCUCCAUAAGAUUGUGGAACCCACAGAGCUCUUCUGGAAAUGCGGGCUGGCGAAUCCACACACCAGUCACUGUCUUGGUAGCGGGCAGGUCAUGAUUAGUGCCAUGGGGGAUCCUUCUGGUAAUGGGAAAGGCGGCUUUGUCCUGUUGGACGGCGAGACAUUUGAGGUGACGGGAAACUGGGAGCUGCCAGGAGAGGCUGCCCCGUUUGGCUAUGAUUUCUGGUACCAGCCUCGACACAACGUCAUGAUGAGCACGGAGUGGGGGGCUCCCAAGGUUCUGGCCAACGGCUUUAACCCUGCAGAUGUGGGAGCAGGUCACUAUGGAAGGCACAUCCAUGUGUGGGACUGGACCACACACAAGCACCUGCAGUCUCUGGACCUGGGGGAGGAGGGGUCCAUCCCCCUGGAGAUCCGCUUCCUGCACGAUCCGGCUGCCCCGGAGGGUUUCGUGGGCUGCGCGCUCAGCGGCGCCAUCUUCCGCUUCUACAAAACCGGGAACAGUGACUGGGCUGCAGAGAAAGUCAUCAGCAUUCCCAGUAAGAAGGUGGAGGGAUGGGUUCUUCCACAGAUGCCCAGUCUCAUCACGGAUAUUCUGAUCUCGCUGGAUGACCGUUUCCUCUACCUGAGCAACUGGCUGCAUGGAGACAUCCGCCAAUAUGACAUCACCGACACCAGGCAUCCACGCUUGGCUGGCCAAGUCUUUCUGGGAGGCAGCAUCUUAAAUGAUGGCUCCAUCAAGGUGGUGGAGGACCAGGAGCUAGAGAGCCAGCCAGCCCCUUGCGUCAUAAAGGGGAAGAGAGUUCCUGGAAGCCCGCAGAUGCUGCAGCUGAGCCUGGAUGGGAAGAGACUGUAUGUCACUACCUCACUCUUCAGCAGCUGGGACAAGCAGUUUUACCCUGACCUCAUCAAGGAGGGUUCGGUGAUGAUGCAGGUCGACGUGGACACUGUGAGCGGUGGACUCACCGUCAAUCGGUCCUUCCUGGUUGAUUUUGGAAAAGAACCAGAUGGGCCGGCGCUGGCCCACGAAGUGCGAUACCCUGGUGGGGACUGCACCUCCGACAUCUGGUUAUAACGUAAAGGGGUGGAGCUUCACAUGUUUUGAACCAUUCUAAGGACACGCUGACAUUAUUAUUAUUGCUGUCAAACUAAUAAUAAAUGAUUAUAAAUAAUAAAUAUAGGUUGUGACUCUCAUGAUCUUCAGUCUAUUUCUGUUGCUAGAUAAUAUACAUGAAAUUUCAAUGCUUUACCUAUACAGACUUUUUAUGACGGACACUGAAGCUGUAUUGUGAUGAAUUUCUGAAGCACUUGUACUUUUUCAUAUAAAAAAAUAAAAUGUUAACCUUUUUGCAAA